GGCAAAACAAACAUUCUCGACGGAAGCUCGAACUAACAAGCCAACAAGUCUCUUUUUCCGGCUACUGUCUCUCUGAAUGAUUUUCUAAAUGAAUCUGAAACUGAAACUGAGACAGAGACAGAAACGAAGACAGAGACCCGGGCUUCAGUCUCGAGUCCGAUAUUGGCGAGCGUGAACGUGUUUACCUGGGCUUGGAUUGCAAAAUACUCACUCAUUGGCACUAAAAACAAUCGUAUUGCGAUGGCAAUUACACGGCGGCUCCCCCGGCCGGAGCUUGUGUUUUUGUUUGUCUGGCUGUUUUUGGUUUUGGACCUAAACCUGGCAGCUCGACUUCCAAGCGAUCGGCUUGCCAUCUUCCCCUCGGACUCCGGCCCCAAUGGGACGAUGGCUAUCAUAGUGGAGUCACGGCAGCGGGAAAUCGAGAUGGAACUCCAGGAGGUGAUAAGGCAGAUGAAUAUCAGCCUGGUCUUGCCAGCGAAAAUGCGGAAGGGCUGGGCGCGAGCUACGGAAAGCGAAAACCGGUCGGAGCGACCAGGAAAUGCUAAUGAAGAAACCAGAAAUGCAAUCGAAUCCAUCAGGAAUGCUGGAAAUGAGAAAAAUAAUGACAAGAGCCAGGCUCCUUCUAGCGAAUCCAAAAUGAUAAGCUUCGCCAAGGAAGAGAAUAUGGGAGUGAAACCCCUGUGGGAUGAAAUGGAUGCCAACAAUCUAACCGACUCCAAGCCAAGUGUGGUCAUCGGGCCAAGAAUCACGCUGGGGACCCAAAGAGUGUGUCCGGAAGGGACUAUACGAAGCGAGGGACAUUGUCGCAAAAUCGCCUAAGCCACAAUAAAGUGAUAUUCUGUAAACAAAUAGUGACAUGCAAUUAGAAACGCAAAUAAAACUGAAACAGACAAAUGGGUGAUGCAAAAAAUAAAUACAUAAUCAGCAGCAACCUUGUCAAUAUUUCAAAUCAAACCAAUAAUUAUAUUAAAUUCUUAUCAGCUGUGAAAUAACAGCGCAUGUUAUAGUUACCUAUUUUUCUCCCAGUGUAGACUAGUACAGGUAUAUGCGAAAAGCUUUUCAACUGCUCUGAUGCUUUGUUUACGUUUUGCGUUUUUGGGAGAGUAAAAAAUUACCUCUCGCCUUAUUAAUUCACUCCGGGCUCCAGCUCCAGCCAGCUCUGUGGGUUCCCACAGUUUAUCUGUCUGGUUUUUCGGUGGAAGUCGGAGUGGGAGUGGGAAUGGUGAUGGGAAUCGGAAUCGGUGUGAGAAUGGAAAGAUCACCGGAUAGCCCACCAACGCUCAGUCUGAAAAGCUUCGUCGUAGCAACCAAACGCGCAUCUGCCAGAUAGAAAUGAUGCCGAAUGCUGUUAACCCACUGAUGCUCUGCAUCUUUUGUCUGGCUUUGGGGCUCCUGGCCAUCGAGGCGAGAUCUCGACCCGGUGGCGACGAUCGCAUCGUGUUUCCCAAGGACGAGGAUAGUCCUUCCGUUCACUUUCACUAUCCCAAAGCCAACAUGACCAAAACUACAAGCACAACCGAGGCACCUACAACCUCAACAGUCAGAAACACAGAGCCCACCGUUCUGCCAACUACUGAGGAGGAAGACAAUGGAAACAGCACGGCUAUACCCAUCAUAAUAAAUCGAAUAUUGAUCGACACUGACAAGAAAUGCAGAGAUGGCUACGAGCUGCAUGCCCAACGCUGUCGAAAGGCCGCUUAGUAUUGUGUAGAUUCUAAGAUCAAGAAAUGUCAAUAAAUUAAAAUAUACAUAGUUCUACUUA